CAGCCCUCCCAGGGCUGCCCUACUACUCGACGCCCCCGUCGAGGCGAGCGGAAGGCCGCAGGGCGUGGGCGCUGCUGCGAAGGGCGCCUCCUCCUGUCUGGGGCCGGAGCCAGGCGGCGGGGAGGAGGCGGGACCGGCUUCCGGAGAGGGGAAGCCCGCACUAUUUGUACUUGGCCGGCCUCUCCGGCUCAGUCACUCGCUCGCCGCCUCCUGCCGGGGAAGAAGAUGCUGCGCUCGGAGACGACCCUCGUCUUGGCGGCGCUGCUCGCGCUGUUCUGGCCCGCGGGAGGCGACCCGGCGCCGCCGAAGGCAAUCUGGAAGGAGCAGCAGCGCUUUCGGCUGUCGCUGAACCCUUACACCGCGCUGGCCCGCCGGCCCGCGCAGACGGCCCUCGACUUCUUCAACUACCUGCAGAGCUCGCCCAGCUCUCUGCGGAGUCUGGCGUACGUCAAGAAGGCGUCCGCCAAGUUUAUCCCAGGAGUUGAGCGCAAGUACUCCCUGAAGUUUGCUACAAAAGAUGCUAAGUCUGGGCAAAAUCUAGGCUCAUGCCUUGCAACUGUUCGGUACCAGAGAGAAAAGCCUAAACCGAAGGUUGAUAUUGUGUGCCCACACAGCAAAGACCCAGAGGGCCUAGGCCAUCUUCCGCAGAAUAUGCUACAGGACGUCGCCUUGUUCCACAGCAUCAGAGAUGGCAACAAGCCCUCUCAGGAUCUUCUGCAGAAUUUGGCUGCCAUUGGAAACAGUUACAUCUCAUGGGAGAAAUCAUCUGAACGCAGAAGUUACACCGUGACACAAGUGACAAAUUUGAAGCCGUGGGUAAGAAAAUACAUUAAUAUCUUUGAAGUUGACUACACCGCUCAGCUGACAAGUGAUUCCUCAGAGAACCUUUCCUGCCAUGUGCGUGUUGCCUGGAGACCUGGCUUGACGGCACGAGUGAAAUAUGACUGCUCUUCAGAGGACGACUCUUCAGAAUCUGCAGAUGGUUCUGGGGUGGAAGAGGGAUCUGCUAAUGGGGUCAUACUUCAAUAUGAUGAAAGUAAUUUUUAAGUAGGAAGAACGCCUGCAUUAAAAAGCUGUAAAACAUUUUUUGGCGAAGGUGUAGAUGACCUUCCAUUAAUAUUCCAAAACCACUGUUGUGAUUCUUCUAUAUAAAUCAUUGCCGCAUAUUUCAAAGCUUUGCACUAGUCACUUCUGAGCUACCAUAAAUAUCCUCUUUUCUUUGUAAUUUCUGAAAAGAAAAAAAAUAUUUUUGCUAAAACUUCUGAAAACCUUUUUUUUUUAAUGAAAAGAAUAUAUGUAAAAACUACUGAUUUGUCACCAAGUUUCUGGUAGGAGGUAACUUUGUAUGAGACAAAUUUAAUAUAUAAACAAAUGUCUUUUAAGUUUCUUAAAACUGCCAUUUUAAAUAAAUAUUUGAUAAAAUAUUUUAAGUUUUGAAAAUAAAACAGUUGAUGCUAACUUUUAACAUCUCCAAUAAAAUGAAUACCGGUA